UCCAGUAAUACGUCUUUGUUACCUAACGGUGAUGACCAAGGUGUUAGUGUUCGUGUUAUUUCUUCCCCUCAAACAACCAUGGGCCCAUCCCAAUCAGUUAAUCCCUCUCCUCCACGAGUCAAUCCCCACAUCUCCCUUACCUCCACCCCUGCUUGUUCAAUUAGAGUACCCACACCCAUCCUUACCGACCUGGAUCCCGUCGAGGAUGACGUUCCACCUUCUCCUCCGAGACCUAACGGUUAUCCCAUCACCUCCAUCCCUUCCCAUCUACCAAAUCUUGAAGCAGUGGUCGUCUUAAGUGAUUGUACUGCUGUGAAUA